CUAGCACUGUUCAGCCUAGUGACCAUCGUAGGAAACAUCUUGGUCAUCUUGGCCGUGUGCAGGGAGAGGUACUUGAGGACGGCCACCAACUACUUCAUCGUCUCGCUGUCGUUGGCCGAUCUACUCAUUGGGGCCCUCGUCAUGCCUUUCAGCAUUUCGUUGGAGGCAGAGAGCGGAGUGUGGAGGUAUGGGAAGACGUGGUGUGAUUUGUGGCACUCUUUCGAUGUUCUUGCAAGCACUGCUUCAAUACUCAACUUGUCCAUCAUAUCACUAGACAGGUACUGGGCCAUCACGGACCCCAUAGCCUACCCCCGAAAGAUGUCGUCCAACAGAGCCCUUUUCCUGGUCGCAGUAGUCUGGCUCUGUUCGGCGUGCAUCAGCUUUCCAGCCAUCUUCUGGUGGGACCAAGUGAAUCCACACCUCAGCGUUGAGACCGUCUGCACUUUCACGGAAGACUCCAUGUACCUCGUCUCCUCAUCUCUCAUAUCAUUCUACUUGCCUAUGUUCAUCAUCUUCUACGCCUAUUACAGCAUCUACAACGCCGCAGUGAAGCAGAAAAAAAUUUUAAUGUCGGGGACGAUGACGAUGGCCAACAAGAGAGGAUCGUUGGGGUUGGAACUAAUCAUUCACCCAUUCAAACAACAACCACUGCAACCGUCAACAACAACAACAAAAACUCAACCACCACCAUCAUCAUCAUCAUCACUGCUACUCACAUCAUCACUACUCAGAACUCAACAGAACGUCAGACCCUCAAGGCUCAUCUCAAAAAAAUGGGCCACUUUUACUUUACGGCAACGUAUCAGCAGGGCGGCCAAAGAACAGAAAGCCGCUAAAACUCUUGGAUUUGUGGUCGGCGUUUUCGGCUUCUGUUGCUUCCCGUUUUUUGUAACGAACCUUUUAUAUGGCGUCUGUCACAAGAACUGUGUUCCCAAUGCUGAUAUCGUCUUUCCGAUUUUCACCUGGCUUAUGUACGUCAACUCUGGAAUGAAUCCUUUCAUCUACGCCUACUCGCUGCGAGAUUUCAGGAGAGCUUUCUUGAAGAUUUUG